UUCAUACAAGUGUGUAGAUAUUGAUGAUAUCAUGACGGACCAGAAACAAAGAUGACAUCAGAAAAUACUGGAGAUGUUGACGGAGAGGAGAGGCCUGCGGAAAUUUCUAUCGUUACUCAAACCUCACCAUUUUCUACACCAAGAAGUGGGCGGAAAAAGAAAAAAGGAGCCCUCGCAAAACUCGCUGAGAAAAAACGUCGUGCACAAGCAGGCCUAUCAGAUGUAGAAAGUAAUUAUGGGUCUCUGGUGUCACUGCAACCUGAUGUUGAUAUUAAUGGACUUGACCAGAAUCAUGAGGUUUCAGCUUUUAGCAAGGGUGGUAUCUCAGAACACUUAAGUGAUGACUUAAGAAGGCAAGAAAAUGAAGCACUGUCUUCAGUUUGGAAGCAGUCAUCCGAUGUCGCACCUGCGAUAAAACCUCGGUUGUCACUAAGCAAUCCCCGAAGUCAUGCUGCAGAGGAUUUUAGUUCAGGCAAAAUUAAUUCUAGAACUUCGGCGACUGAAGCCAGCGAUCCAUCCAGUACACCUCUGUACAAACUGAGAGCCUUGAAAAUGACACCCUCACGAUCAAGUUCAGUCGAAUCACUGAAAAAUAGCCCAUUUUCACCUCGUCCACCUAUGACUCCAAGAAAAACCCCACCGGACUCUCCACAAAAAGACCAACAAGACAGAGACACUUCUGUAGAAAGAGUGGGCAGUACUAGAUUGAAUGAUGCUAGUCUUGAUCAAAAAAGAUUCAUCAAAGCAGAUAAGACUGUGCUUGGUAGCGAUUUACCCAACUCUGACAUUGUCAUCUUAAACAAUCAAAAACCAGACACCCACAGUUUUGUUCAGCAAAAGAAGACAUUAACGUCAUCCGUGGCACCUGAAAAAAGAACGAUUACCAGUGGUAACACAACAGCCACGAAUGAACAUUUUGACUCAGUUGAUUCAAGCAGUGCACAGCAUAUGGACACUGCCUCAGAGUUGGAGUUACAAGGUGUGUCAAAUGAGUAUCAUAAAAUUUUGGAGAAAAAUACCUUAGAAAGAGAUACUAGACAAGCCAGUAGUAGUUUGUGGGGUGGUUUGUCUGCGAGGACUGGUAGACUCACCCCUUUGUCACCUAAACACCCCCCACCGCCACUCUCAGCGGACUAUUCCUCCAGAGCGCUCAGAACUGCCAACAGAACAGACUCCGGAUUCCAGAUGCAGAAAUUUUUGGGGCAUGCAAUGGGACAGCUAAGAGGGAGUAAAGGCAGUGAUACUAUUGGCCAUUCAGAAACUUCUACUAGUGCACUUCCUUUGAUAACUACCAAAGAGGCCAAAACAAGGAGUUACUUACUGGGCAGUAUUAACAAUAACUCCGCCUUGUUAGGUGCUGAAGAACUAGACAGGUAUUUUCCUGACCGCAAGCUCCAUAUCUUCGUGGGGUCGUGGAAUAUGGCAGAAAUGAAGGACUGUUCUCUUCCUAUAGACGACUUUCUUCUACCCGAUAGCUCUGAUUUUGUACAGGAUAUUUAUGUCAUAGGGACACAGGAGAAUAGUGCUAACAAGAAGGAGUGGGAAAUUCGGAUGCAGGAAACACUCGGCCCCUCCCAUGUUUUAUUUCACUCAGCUACCCAUGGUGCUCUGCAUCUGGCUGUCUUCAUACGGCGGGAUCUCAUCUGGUUCUGCUCAGGUCAUUCCGAUGUUGUCAGUACUAGAGCUGUCACCAUGGUAAAAACGAAAGGAGCUGUGGCAAUUUCAUUUACGUUUUUUGGAACAAGUCUUCUGUUCAUUAACUCGCAUUUUACAUGUGAUGACUCGAGGAUGAAAGACAGGAUUGUAGAUUAUAAAAAGAUAAUUCGAGAAUUAAAGCUUUCAAAAAAGUCUGCAUCUUCAUCUCCAAACUCUGCCAGCCAAGUUGACAUCACCAAGAAGUUUGACGCAGUAUUCUGGUGCGGGGAUUUGAACUUCCGCAUCUCAAGGAAACGAGAUCAUGUGGAGGAUAUUCUAGAGUUCGGAACGUCCCAAGUGUACCCAAAUUAUGAGAAACUUAUUGCAUCUGAUCAGCUAACUAACUGCAUUAAUGAUGGGCAGAUUUUCUUAGGCUUUCAAGAAGGGCGCAUUGGCUUUCAGCCCACCUACAAGUUUGACAUCAACAGUGACAAAUACGACACAUCACAUAAACUGAGGAUUCCAUCAUACACAGAUCGAGUGUUAUUCCGCUCCAAGAAGAAGAACUCUAUCAGCUGUGUAUUGUAUGAUGCUGUCAUGACCAUACGUGCGUCGGAUCACAGGCCUGUGUUCGGGCUGUUUGAAACAGCCUUACGACCAGGACGGGACAACAUACCACUGGCAGCGGGUCAGUUUGACAGAUCUGUCUAUGUAGAAGCGAACAGAAGACGAGCCUUACACAGAGCAGCCCUUUCCAAGAAAUCCAGCACCAUUUGUAGUCUCCAGUAACCAUAGUAUCAAUGAGUGUUUAUUUAGGACUACUGUAUUCAUUAUUCCUAGAAGGCUGUGUUUGACAGGACCUUGUGGGCAACCUUACUGCAGUUUUAUGUAAAACGUUUUUAUUUCACAAUAUAUCCUGUUUAAUUUCUUUGUGUCAGAAACUGCAACACUCACCCAACCUCCAAUGAAUCAACUAGGACAAAUUCUGUUACCAUGCCAGCCAACUCUUGUUUAAGACGCUUGGUACAUGUACAUGUGUGCCCUCAUUCAACAACCUUUUUGCAUAUGAAAGAGCAACUUUCAGUGCAAUUUAUGCACAUUUAUAAUUAGGUUUUGGAAACAUAACCACAUUUCUGGAAUUGGCCACUUUGAUGGCUUCAUAAAAAGUAUGAUUUUAUCAGUCUACACAGAAUGCCUUCAUAAUAUGCUUGAAUACACACCUUGCAAACAUGCAACAAGGUUGAAGAAUUACAGUAGACAGUUUGAACAUCAGUGUCUAUGCUCAAGUACUCGCAUAUUUUGUGUCCAAGACACUCUUAGAUUUUUGUCCCACUUUUCCCUCUUCCUGUUAUCCACACUUUGUUUUUUUUAGUCACAUUCUUUGAGUUACCCCUGAAGCAAGAAGCAAGUAAUUUGUUGUCAGGUACAAGAAAUGUAUUUUACAGUUUUGCCAGAUCUUAAAAAUGAGUUCCACAUGGUAAGAUUGAAAACUUUCCUAUACUAGUGAAUAAAAUAAUAAUUUUUUUGUUUAUUAAGUCAACCAAAACCCUCACAACUGAUAGACAUGGGUGCUUAACAAAAUGUCUUGUGUGCCAAGUGUACUGAGUUUGAGAUAAAGUUACGAAAAAUUUUUGGUAUUCUGGGCAUCGAAUUGGCUAAACGAUGAUGCAUGGACGUGUGCAAGAAAAUUCAUGUUUUUGCUGGCAUAAUGGCAGCUUCCAAGCUUAAAUAGGUAGACUUGUGUGGUGGAAUUAUUCCAGUUUCAGUAGAAAUUAAGUUGGAAUAUUAAAAUGAAAGGAAAGAAACCUUAUGCACCAGAGCUAAUACCACGGCUCAAAACAAUUCACACUGAAUAUUUAACUCCUUUAACUAAAGAAUCCUCCAAAAAAGAAAAUCUCCAAACAUAAAGCAAAAAAAAUACAGAUGUGAUGUCAUGAGUACCUUCUGUAUGGGUCCCAACAUGCCACCUUAGAAUCUGGUGGUGAAAUUUUUUUAUCUAAAAAUCCUAAAAAGAUAAAUCAAACUAUUUUUCUGGACAGUGUUGCAUGAUCUUUCAUGAUCUGACAAAUUCCCUCACAUUGCUAUUUUCUUUAAUGCCGAUCAGUCAUGGUGUUUGAUCAUUACACUGUACAUGUAACUUCAUAGCUGUUGUUAAAGUUACGGGUUAUGGCUCUUUACUUGAAGUUUAGAAGCUCUCAGACUUUGAUACUUAUUCAACAAAAUGAAAUCCAAAUUUCUUGUUACUUGCAUAAGGACAACAAAAAAAAUAUAACAAUUUCAUCUUUGUGGAAAAUCAGAAACUUUCCUUAAAAUGAAUACCAUGUCAGGUGCAUGGUUUUUGGAAAGUCUGAUUUAAAAUAAGUCUGAAACUGGUGGCAAACUGAAUCUAAUAUUGAACUUUGAUGAAGUUCAUGAUUAGCCAUUCUGAUUCAUUAUGGUGCCAUCAUUGCAAUCAAACUUGUGACAAAAACUGGGAUUCUGCAAAAUUGAACAUGCUACACAUAAAAAAUUCAUCUUUGUGAUUAUUGUGUUUUCCCCAGAAAAUGUGGAAACUGUCAGAAUUGUGUGAAAAGCUCAAAAUGUACAGUGUUGCGAUUGUGUAAAAAUACAAAAAUGUAUAGUUUUCCAAUGUUGUGAAAAAUACACAAAUACAUAGUUAUGGAAUUGUGCAAAAAUGAUAAAUGUAUAGUUUUGCAAUUGUGUGAAAAAUCAAAGAUGUACAGUUUUGCUAUUGUAUUAAAUUGCAAAGAUGUGCAUUUUUGCGGUUGCGUGAAAAUGCAAAGAUGUAUAGUUUUGCAAUCGUAUAAAAAAUACAACGAUGUACAGUUUUGCGAUUGUGUGAAAAGGUCAAGAUAAUAGCUGGUACUGUCAAUCUGUCAGUGGAGCUAAUAACAUAAUUAGUUCUGUCAAUGGAAUGUUAUGUUUGAUGACCGUUACCUCUGAUCAGCCCAUUGUUUUUGUUACUGUUUGAGCGUUUUCAUCAUUUUUCUUUUUUAUUCCUUGGGUUAUUAUGCUUACAAAUGUUUGUGCUGUAACAGGGUAUAUGGCUAAGUAAGGAACCAGUAAUUUUACAGCUCAAGAAAUUGACAGCUGUUUGUAAUUGCUCAAAUAUUGAACAGGGGUCCUCUCUAGCCCAGUGUUUAGCGUGCUAGUGCAGUUCGUCCUGCCUUGCUGUCCAGCGGAAUAUGGAAAUCUCAGGUAAUGGAUAGUCAUGGAUUUCCCCUGGGCUCCGCCUGAUUUCUUCC